UCGCGCUCCCGAAGCCUCUCGAUGGAUUUGAAGCGGCGGCGGCAGCAGCAGCAGCGGCGGCGGCCGAGCGGGAGCGGCGGGCCUGUGGCCGGCUAGGAGCACGGUCACUGACAGGGAGCUGGGGCGGGAGAUGGAGAGCGGCCUGAGCUCAGCCGGGCCGGCCUCUAGCCUGGGCCUGGGCCUCAGCCUCGGAUUCGGGCUCCACCGCUUCCCGAACGGCUGCACCCCGCUGAGCCACCAGGUGGCCGGCCACAAGUACGGCAAAUCGGAGCUGGGUAUGUUGCAGCACCCAGAUGGCACAGUCUUGAAGCAGUUGCAACCUCCACCGCGUGGACCCAGGGAGUUGAAUUUCUACAAUAUGGUGUUUGGUUCAUCUUGUCAUGAUCACGUGUUCUUAGAACUACGAAAAUUCCUGCCUAAUUUCCUUGGCACCUGGACGCCAACUACUGCACCUAAUGAGCUGUACCUUAAACUGGAAGACGUGACACGGAAGUUCAAGAAACCGUGCAUCAUGGAUGUAAAAAUAGGGAAGAAAAGCUAUGACCCUGAUGCAUCAGCUGAAAAGAUCCAGCAACAGAUAAGCAAAUAUCCAUUGAUGGAAGAAAUUGGUUUCUUAGUACUUGGCAUGCGGGUCUACCAGUUCUCAUCUGACAGCUACAUGACGUAUGACCAGCGAUAUGGAAGAGGUUUAACAAAGGAAACUUUGAAAGAUGGUCUAUCAAGAUUCUUCCACGAUGGAAGCUGUUUGAGGAAGGACGCUGUUGCGUCAAGUAUUCGAGAGGUUGAAAGGAUACUGCAGUGGUUUGAGAAUCAAAGUAAGCUCUGUUUCUAUGCAAGCUCUUUACUGUUUGUUUAUGAGGGAUCACCUCAGCUGACAGCGAUGGGUGUUGGAGAUACACCCCAUAAACUAGCAGCACCAAAGGGAACAAAGCGAACUGGUGAAGUAGUGGAACACAACAAUAAUGUACAUGUCAUGAACUCUAGUGAGAACAGAAUGGUGGAAGCUUCAGUUGGUCAGAGCCUUUCCAAUAUGUACGCACUUCACAGGAAGGGGUGUUUCAGAGCACAUCAAAGCAUGGUCCCACUGCAAUUGAAGAAUGCAGAACAAGACCACAGCAUAUGCAAAUGCUUAACUCUCAUUUCGCCUGGACAGCCAAAUGGCAAUGAAAUAAAACAAUUGGAGAAGGAUUUGAUGCAUACCUCCAGCAUGUUUCAGGAGCCUCCACAGGUUGAUGUAAGAAUGAUAGACUUUGCACAUGUGUUCCCUAGCAACACAAAAGAUGAGGAGUACAUUUAUGGGCUAAAACAUUUAAUCAGUGUGUUACGAAAUAUGCUGGAUGAUUAAUAUUUUUAAUUUUUGAUGGGUGUGUUGGGAACAAGGAAAUAAAUGAGGAGCAAUUUUAUUGAUUUCUGCACAAGCUCUGAUGCUUAAUUUUGUGUUUCUAAUGUGAUUCCAGGUGUAUUGUAUGUGCUUUUCAUUGUACGGUACUUCUGGUGAUUGAUCUAAUAUAUGUAAUAGCUCAGGAAAAUUUAUCAACUCAUCAUUGACAGCCACUGAAACAGUUCCAAAAACCUACAGAGGGCAGCUGAAACUUAGCAACUGCUGACAAGGAAAUUCAUGAGCUCCCACUGUUUGCAACAAACCCACAGACUUCAAUGAUGGUAAUUGGUUUUUAAGAUAUGUAACCAACUGCCUACCAAUCCUAGGCAUGGAACUUGUGCCUAUGGACUAAUGCUAUCUUCAGUGAAGACCAGGUUAGUCAGAUUUAAGAUUGUUUUGGGGAUGUUGCUGCCACUUUUCUGGAGAUGUGUUUUUAUUAGCCUUUUUUAAAACAGUUGUGUUACAGUGAUUCAUAUGGAAAAUUUGGUCCCAAUUAUGUAAAGUAGAAAUUGUCAAUUGCAUCUUUGUUUUCAUGGAUUCAGCUAGUAUUCCUGGAGAAUUUCAGUCUUGCAAUAGCUUGUUAUGUUAUCAGUGUAAUGUAAGUUAAUGCACGAGCAUCAAGUCGCCUGGGCUCCUGCAGGUUAAGACUUUCCACAGGGUAGAGCAAAAUAUGCAUAUUAUCUUUUUACAACUUCUUUCCUUCAAUUUUUAAGUACGCUGACAUCUGCAGAAGUUGAGCUGAGAGAGGAGGAAACAAAAUAUGUUUUGGCAAAGUCCAUUCAUCUUCCUGCCUUCGUAGUUCAACUUGCAUCUCUGAACGAAAUAUUCAACUGGAUUCUUGUAAUUUCUCCUAACAUUGGGCUACUUUCAAAAUGCACACACUUUGACUUGUUCACAUGUUUCAUUUGGUCAUUUAUUACUAGUGAUCUAUUGUGUUGUUAUUUCCAAAAUUAACUUUUGAGCACCCAGUUUCACUAGUUAUGAUUUGAUUUUAUUUCACUUUCCGCUAGGCUGAUGUUUGGGUUUGCCUUUAUAAAACAGUGCAUUUAAAAUUGUCGCUGUGUUGGACCCAACCACCAGUCUAAGAAUAUUCAUUACUUGAACACUAACUUCUCUGAUCAAUGACCACUGGUAUUGUAGCCUUCACUGUUAGAAUGCUGAGUGAACCAGCAACUGCAGUUGUACAGUAUAUUUAUGACCGCCAUAACUGACCUGUGACUCCAGUAAGAUGACCCCUGUCUUUGCUAGUUGUGUAACUGAUUUAAUUUUCAUGAUUUACAUUUGUUUGGUGGAACUCUGUGACAAAUUUUUGCUUUAUUUUAAAGAAAGGCCAAAUGCUCAAAACUAGUCAAGUUGUAUAUUUGGGAAAAAAAAUCAUGCAAGCACUAAAACUAAAAUACUUGUUGCAGUUCUUAAAAAUGCACUAGAUUUCAGAAUAUUGGGUUCCAUUCAUUACAGUUUACAUUUGCACAAAUCAGUAUACUUUGGUAUUUUGAUAGCGUUUUAAAUUAUCUCCACAUUGCUAUCACUUACUUUGUCAGGGUUCAGCAGACGAAUGUUGUGACAGGAAAUGUGGCACAGUAGUAAUUAGUAGUACAAGUGAAUAAUACAUAUAAAGAUUGUUUGUCAUUUUAAAUGUAUUGACCAAAUAAUGUAUGCUUUUUCUAAAAACAAAAGUUAAUUCUGAAAUAUUUUUUAAUUGUAAACUAUGCUUUUUUGUAUGUUUGUUACUGAGAAGUUUACAUUAUGCAGCUGUACAUUCCUCAUAGUCCCUGCUAAAUAUUCUGUUCCUCAGUACUACUAUUUGUGAAGACUUUAAAACAAAAGAUUUACCUAUUUUAUUCCUCGAAACUUGAGGAUGAUUUCGGCUUGAUUGUUUUCUACUUGGUCACAAGUCAAAGUUGUCAGUCCUCUUAGCAUCUAUGUGCAUUAUAAGGGACAAACAGAAAUGGCUUCAGUUUUAAAUGGAUCAAGAUUUCCUUCCACCUAUUCAAUUAGAUUCUAAGGAAAAAAAAUGCUGCUGAAUAACAGUUGGCAUUGGGAAUAUCAGCAGGCUUUAGGUUGCAUGUUUUUUGUUGCUGUCCAUUCAAAUUUGCUUAAUUUCAUCAGUUCUACAAAUCUUAUUUCUUUCCCUAAGACUGAAUUGUAUUUUAUAGUUCUAACAAGUUUGCCCAUGCUGUUGGGUUAAGCAUCAGAUCUUUCGCUGAUUGCAACCUUGACUAGAGGUUGGUGAGUCAUGAUGAUGUGAUCUGUUUGAACUCUCUGGGCAUCUAUAAUGGGCAGUUCAAAGAAAACCUAUGAAAAUACCUUUCACUUCCAAUGUAUAAAGAGACAAAAUUUACUAAUUUAGUUGCUUCGAGAUUUUUAAAUUUGGUAAUUGUGCUGGCCACAACAUUUAUUUAACAUUUCCAAUUACAGUCAUUCAAAAUUGUGUCUCAUUUCCCCGUGAAUUUGCAGCUGUUUGUGUAACAUUCCUGAAAUGACUGGUUGAAUAGGUGGUUGACUUUGUGUGUGUCAGCUGUUAGAAUUGGGCAUUCUGUUGUACUGGUUCAUCUUUUGCAAUAUGUUCCUUUUCAUUUGAGGAUUUCAAAUCUCGCUUUAUAUCAUCUCAUAAUAGGUCUGUUAUGUGAGUAAUAUCACUAUUUAUUUGUGGUGUGCUGUUCAGGGUCACGCUGUUUAAUGUAAGUUAUGUUAACAUAGGAAAUCUGCAUUUAAGUGCUGGCAAGCAGUCACAAUUGUCACUAAAUUGGAUUUGAUUUGUUUGUUUUCAGUCAUAGUUUGUACUGUAAAUUUUGGUGUGACCCAUCUAUACAAUGGAACCUCUUUUUCAAUAUAAUAUUCUGUCACAUGUUAUUCUUUCAAACAAUUGCUGGAAUUUACUUCAUCACUGAAGGUGCAUUUAUUUUACAUGAAUACAGGUUCCAUAACUCAAGAUUAAAUUUGAAUUCUUUCAAAAGCUUUUGCAAAGAUUGUUAAGCCCAUUUUUGUUUUGUGACUCCUUAUUAAGACUUCAUUAAAGUUCUGCAUUUUGAUAGUAAGCAUUACCUGAAAUCAUUUAGGCAUUCUUUCACUCAAUAAAACUUGUAGCAUUUAAACAUCCUUUGAACUGCCGUUUUGUUACAAGGUCAAAAACUGGAUCAUUGCAGUAGAAUCCUCAUGAUGCAAAACUUUUCUGUCAGAAAGAAGGCAUUUAUUUAUGAGCUGAUUUUCUUUCUGCAACUGCCCUGAAAGGCAUUGGGAAUAAAUUAUAUUUGAGCAAUUAUGGUUGCAACCUGCCCAUCAGUGAUCUUCCACCGAACCAGAAAUUCUGCAUUUGACAUAAAGGACCUUCAGUUGAUAAAGCAACAGAAGUUUUGCACCCUAAUAUGUUGCAAUGACAUUUCCCUCAAUAAAAUAAAGUCUAGUGAACAAAAUGAGAUUAUUCAGUAUUCAGGCGACAAAGCUGUUGAGAAAUUAACGUUAUGAAAUGUAAUUAUUUUGUAAUAAUUGAUCAUUUAUGCUGUUUUGUAAAUUUCCCCUUUUAAAAUAAUCUGUAUUGAGGUGAAAGUUACCUAUAAUACAGUAGGUAUGUGUAAAAUGCAGCUUCCAGAGAUAAUUUUAAAUAACUAAUCUACGCAAUACUUAAAAAUUCUUCCCUUUUACUUGGAAACUAUCUGAAAGUUUACCAGUUGGCCCUAUAUUCACCAGCUUAAUCUUGAUUAAAUUAGUCACUGUUCAAUGAAGUUUGCACUGCUUCAUGUAAACUGUACGGUAUGUUUUGUCUUUUGUUGUUCCAAAUCAAUACCGAGUACAAACUUGACAUUUUAACAGUGGUGGGUUUUACACUGAUUGAAACUGUUCACAUUUCAUUAUACUGAAAGUGGAAUGAAGUGAAGAUGGGUAGCCUCUUUUUGCAUCAGAACACACUUGUCGUUUGUCAUGAAGCAUGGCAUCAAAUAGAGAACAGUGCAUACACCAGACCUCAAUCUAAUUUCAGCUUGACUUGUUCCAAAUGGAAGUUUGCUGUCAUGUACCUGAGAGCGAACUGUGAAACUCAAUUGUUAAUUUAAAUUGCUUUGAUUCAAAUCAUUAUUGAGUCCCAACAUUCAGCAUGUGGCCUUGGUAGGAUCUUUGGGAUUAAGAGCCAAGUUUUAAGUUGUUCUCCCUGCAUUCCCAAUGAAGUGAGAAAUUUAUUGUCAUAUGAAAUGAACCUAAUUUUCCUUUUUAUUUAAUGAGUCAGCAUCCUUUUAUAAUGGUUUGACUAUUUAGAUUAGGCAUUAAAUUUGAACACAAUCGACUUUGUCAUUCCUGUUAGAUCAGUUCCUGCAUAAACUAACAUUGCACACCAUUUGGUUCAAGUUAAUGCAAAAUUUAUCAGUCACCUUAAUUUACAGUUAAUUUAUAAAAUGUUUGUAUUUCAGCAGCAUUCUUGGAUGAAUCAUGACUUGCUUUUAACAGGAGCAUUUUGAAAGCGUGUUCUCUUAAUUUUAGAUAAAAUACAAUUUUAGUUGCAGCCUAGAAGGGAACAAGUGGGAAUAAUGCCCCUUUUGUUACUGAGCUAGCACACAGACACUUUAGUAUUAUGGGAAGUUCGCUGGAAUUGGUAUGAAAAUAUCAGAAAAGCAGUAAGUGCACAUUCAUAUACUGUGGUUAUUUAUAAUCAAUCAUCCAUAACGUAUCUCAUCAUAGUCUGACUUAUCUAUCUUCAAAUAUAAAAUGAGUUGUUAUCCUUGUGAUGAAUUAUAUGCAUAACUUGUUUUGCUACAGGUGGAAUGUAAUGGGUGCUACUUGUUUUACAGAGGAAUCAAAAGUACUAACUGAUGAUGAUUGCUUACUUUUGUAAUUUAAUAUGAGAAAAUAUUUAGAUAAAUCACAUGGCUGUAUAUUUGGCAAAAAUGGAAUUAGUAAUAAACUUUCCGUAAAUAAUGCAAAA